CUACUCCUACUCCUACUCCUACUCCUACUCCUACUACUACGGGCACUACUAACACCCCUCUGUCCUCCUCCUCCUCCUCCUCGCCGUCGUCGGAAAUAGUAGAAGCAACCGUAGUAAGGGACCUCCGCUCCACCCUGCUCCUCGCGGCUAAGGGCCUGCACGACCAGGGGCGGUCGGCCUACAUUCACAAGGCGGUGCUGCGCCGACUGAGUGCGGAGAUGGCGCCGCGGGAUAGGCGGGCGCUGGCUGAGUUGCUUGGGGGAGGGGAUGAUGAUAUUGGAGCUUGAGUAAGGUAGGGAGGGAAGGAUUGAUGGCUACUAGCUGGAACCGGGCUCACCGGCUGCGGUUUACACCAGCUUUCCGGCUCUGCAGUUGGACGUUGCUGGGUGGGCGUGGUGUCGAUAUCUCGCUGGCCCCCACGAGGGCAGGUCGUAGGAGAGGGAGAAGUUCACCCCCUUGGGCGAGCGCGGUUAGUUGGUUGUGUAUCUGCAGUCCGCGUAUGAGUGAGCCAUGGCAACCGAGAUCGGCGGGUUUUGUCUGAGCCGGAGCGGCCCCCGAACCCUCAUUGGCCUGUCUCCGUUACAUCGUCUUGACCAAGGCACACACGGUUAGGGCUGGAGGCGGCCUGACA